AUGGAAAGAAAUAUUGAGCGUCUUGUUCUACAAGAACUACACGAAAACGUAACAGUUGGUGUUGCAGCAACAGUGAAUAAUACUGUGAAUACAAUAGCAGAAAAAUUUUCAAGCCACAAUACUCCGAAUCAGGUGCAAAUGGACAAACUGAACAUUACUUCCGAUAUAACCUCGGCCUUCAAACCACCUAAUAUUGCUGAACCAGAAAAACAGUUAUCUAAUUCAUUAAAUGAAAAAAAUUCCAUGGACGAUGUUAGAGCUACGAAGACAAUUGAAAAUGUACCGGAAAUCAUUCAAACGAAUUGUUCUAAUAAUAUAAUCGAAGCCUGUGAUAUAAAAAAAGAAUCUAAUGUUGACAUUGAAAUUACGAGAAAUUUAGAAAUUUUUUCACAAUCUGCUUUAGAGAAUGAUUUAAAAAAGCGUAUUUCCAAAGUCCAAGAUCAACAAUUUCUUUGUGUUACUUCUGAUUUAAAUUUAGAAUUAAAAGCAAGUAAUGAUUCAAAAUCAGAUAGCAUGCAGAUUAGUAAUUUGAGUUCAACAAAAUGGAAUAAACAACAAAAGUGUGCGAUACUUAAUGAUGAUCCUAUUGGAAAAAAGCUUGUUAAUGAAAUGAGUAUUGAUGUUUUAUCAAACAGUAUUGAAAAUAUGAAGAACUUUGAAGAUGAAAUGAAAAACAUAGUGUUGAAAAGAGAGGAGAUGGAAAAAAAACUAAAAGAUAAAACGGAACAUGAAGAAGUUUUACUUACACGCAUAACUGAUAAAGAUACGACAAUUGCUAAAAUGUGUUUGGCAAUUGAGGCUUAUGAACAAGCAAUUGUUGAAUUAAUAGCUCAAAAAGAGGAAAUUACACCGAAUUAUGAAGAGCAAAUAAAAGAUAUUAAAGCUGAAAGAGAUUUGAAUAAACAACAUUUAGAAUCAUUGGAAAUAACUUUUUCAGAUUUGCAUUUAAAAUACGAAAGAAGUAAACAGCUGUUAGUCAAGUUGAAAGCAAACGAAGAAGAAUUACAGGCUGAAAAUAAAAGAAAUUUAGAAAUUUUAGGAUUACAAGAACAACGAUACGAAAAAGUUAAAAAUCAUGCCAUUCAGCAACUAGAAAUUUCCAACAGCAAAAUGGAGUUAGGUUUGGAAGAGUAUGACUAG